AUGUCGCACAAGCAGAUUUACUAUUUGGACAAAUACGACGAUAAGGAGUUUGAGUACUGGCAUGUCAUGUUGCCCAAGGACAUAGCCAAGCUGGUCCCUAAAACCCAUUUGAUGUCUGAAUCUGAAUGGAGGAAUCUUGGCGUUCAGCAGAGUCAGGGAUGGGUGCAUUAUAUGAUCCAUGAACCAGAACCUCACAUCUUGCUGUUCCGGCGGCCACUGCCCAAGAAGCCAAAGAAAUGAAGCUGGAGAGCCAGUUCUCAGCCUCAAGCCUUACACAGCUGUCCUCACUUGGUACCAUCUUUCUGAUGACAUUAUU